AUGGAAUCCACUGCAGUAGUAGGAGCAGCUUCUGGUAAAAGCUUCUACAGGAAUGAAGAAAACUUCCAGCAAGAUGAACCAUCUAAUCCAAAGAAAGGAAAGCUGCUAAUACUUUCGAGUGGUUGUAAGGAGGUCAUACUUUCUGUUCCUGAUGAUGACUGGGAUUCCACAUCAAAACAAAGAGCUAAUGACAAGGAAAUCAUCGGUAUUGAUUGGAUUGAUCUAUCAGCACCAUGUUCAGCAAAUGAAGAUACUACCAGAGGGUAUACUCACUCACAGUCAAGUGAAUUUGAAGACAGUACGGACUAUGCUUCCUUGAAUGAAACAUACUCUAUACAUUAUUCAGAUUCAGAAAUAAAACAUGAAAGACAUAUUCAUUUAAAUUCACAAUUAAAACCUGAAAUGCAGAAACAAGAAGUACUUUUUCAUGUCUUGGAGCAUCAAGGUAGUAAGACUAGUGACCUAAAAAACUGUGUUUCCAAUUACGAUUAUAAAGAAACUGAUGAAGACAUGCAGAAUCCUGAUAGAGAUGAAAACUCACACCAGGAAUACCACAGCGCACUAGAACAAGAAUAUAUAAGCCAUUUAUCUUUUGACUCAGCAAAAGCAGUAAGUGUAUCUAAUCUGGAAGUUACAGGGUUAAGAAAUGUAGGGUUUGAAGCUAGUAAUACUAGUAACCUAGAAGAGAAUCAUAUUAAAUUGGAAAGUAGUUCUAUCAUUUCUUUAGAUUCAGGCGAUGUUUAUAGACAAGAAGAUGUUUCCAGAUUUCAGAAUUCUCUUACAUUAAGAGAAGAUCAUGAACUGAAGCAUGCGCAUUGUAAGACACAAGAGACUAGCUUAAUGUAUCACACGGUAUUUGAUGGAGUUAUUCUAAGCAAUAGUUCUCUUGCAAAGCAGGAAUAUCAAUCCAAGAGUGAUUUCUUGAACUCUCCAAAAGGACUGGAAACUAAAUUUAAUACUGACCGAGCUCAAGAAACUGACAAUAAAAGUAUUUGUGGAAAUACUGAUAAAAAGAAAGUACAGUAUCUUGGCAAUCCAUCACAGGAGAAAGCUUCAGAGGCAUUAUUCCGGCCCUGUAAGGAUUGUCAAACAUCCUGGACCCCUGUUUUUGAUGAUUCAGUCAUUUCUGCCUGUGGAUACUCACAUUAUCAAGUUCUACAAACCACCCCUGACCUAACCUUAGACUUUUCCAAGAUUGCCAUGAAUAAUAACAAGGCAAUGGAAGAAAGCUCCCAAAAAGUAGCUGUUAGCAGUACUUCAAACAAAUCCUGCUCCUGUGGUAGGAAAGGAACAUGCAACAAAUCCAUAAUGGAUGGUGUGAGUCGUGCCGUUCUUGUCAACCAAACUGUGGAUGUCAGCACUGAUUUCAGAGCGUGUUUCACAACCAGCAGAGCAACAAGCGCAGGGCCGGCUGUGGUGUCCACCUCAAGCAACACUGAGAUCACCAUGAUGAAUAAAAAACGCCCUGGUGAGUGGCCGAGCCAGAAACCGACAAGUGUGGCCUGCAGCACAGAUUGGCCAGACAGUCAAGAGUAUGUGGAUACCCAAGUGAAGAAAGGACCGGGAAGACUCCCUCCCUUUGUCAGUGUAAAGCCCAGUGGACAUUUCCUAAACCAGGAUUCCCUGGAAUUAAGAGAGACACUUGAUAGUUCCAACUUGAAGAAACAUCCUAAGAGGUAUCUUUCUAAAGAAAGGGAGAAGAAUCCCCCAUCCCAGUGCUGUCAGCUAAUAAUGCAGAGAGCCCUGAACGUUGAGCUGCACCUUCUAACCCUUCACUAUCAGAUAUGCCGCCGCCACUGUUACGACCUUUAUAAACUUGUGAUGGAAGACAAAGAAGGAGAAAACAGGAACUUAUCAAACAAUUCUUCUAAGAAGGAAUUAGGCUUGGAACUUUUGUCUGUCUUGGAAGACUUAAAAACUAGGUAUAUGAGUUUGAAAGAAAAAAUAAACAAAGGCAUACCACUGGAGGAGUUGCCCCCACUGGCAGUUGAAUCAAAAUUAUUGUCUGCUUUUUCCACUUUUGCUUCCAGGGUAAUGAAAGAAGAAACGCAUACUUUUUCAGGAGUCAGUUCAGAAAUGGGUAAACCAAGGGUGGAUGAUGAUGGUGAUGAUUCUUCAAGCCUAAAGAAGACGCCCGCUCAAGUGUCUUUAUUGUCUGACAGUUGUCACCCUAAACAAAAUGUAUCACCUAAGAAUAAUAAUAGUUCAAAUAACAGUGACACAAAUGAAGAUGUAAGUCAACUGAAAAGUGAUGAUAAAGACUACAGAAAUUAUCAAGACAUAAGUGAAGACUGGUUUGAUGCUAAAGAGAACCUUACAGGAGUUGAUGUCUGUGGAGUACAAGAGAAUCAGUUAAAAGAAGAUGAAUGGACUCCAGAGUUGACACCAGCAGAGACGAAGAGUGCUGAACCUUUACCCAAAGAUAAAGGAUAUCUGAUCCACGUUGGUGGUCUCAGCCCCUCAGUGUCUGAGGCUGAUUUAAGGUCUUUUUUCCAGAAGUAUGAAGUUUCUGACAUCUCAAUUUGUGAUUCCUCCACUCAUUCCAGAUAUGCAUCUCUUACUCUUAAAAAAUAUACUGAUGCAAAAAUGGCUGUGAAAGAGAUGAACAGGAUGGAAAUCAAUGGACAGUUAGUGGAUGUGCGGCUUGUUAGUAUGCCUGGAGAGCGUACAUCCCCACCUUCCUCCAAGAAUGGAAACAGACUGACUUUGAAUCACAUGGAAGACACCAGUAGAGAUGUCAUCUCUGCCUCUCGCAUCUCCAGAUUCUCCCAAACAAGGCCGAGGCAGCUGGGCUCUGAGCCAGACAGGGAGCCCUUCCCUUUGUAUCAGAAGGGUGUCAAGAAUUGUGCAGAGAUUGAGUCUACUAAGUUAUUAUCUGAUGUACCUAGUCAGUUCAUACCUCCAAAUACUUUGAACCUGCGUAGCUUUGCCAAGAUCAUGAAGAGACUGGCCGAGCUACACCCUGAAGUCAGCAGGCACAGAGACCACAUCGUGGAGGCCCUUCAAGAGGUUAGGCUCAGGCGCCAGGGUUUCCUGAAUGGCCUGUCCAUCAACACGAUUGUGAAGAUGACAUCAUCUGUUCUGAGAGACUCUGCUUCUGUUUAG